CACGCAGACGAGCACCCCACAAUCAAAAAAACCCUAAGAGCCACAUAAAUUCAAGCAGCCUCCCCUGCUUUCUCCACUCUUCUAACUCUGUCACUCAAUUCUCAAACCACCUGCCAUCUCAUCACCGGAAUCUGACGUCAUGGCUCAAAACAACAACAGUCGCGUGAGCUCCGCCGUGGUCCUCCGCUCUGUUCGACCGACCAUCUCCACCACGAUUAUCACCACCAUUUCAACUGUCAUCACCAUUACCAUUCACUGAAGAAAAAAAAAUCUCCAUUUCACCCUUGGAUACCAUCGCAUUUUCAACUUCAAAGUGUAUAGACUGUUACUGAAGCCAAAUUAAAGCGUUAGUAGAUUAUUCUUGUUUGGGCCGGGUCUGGGCUAACAGGGAUACGACUUCGGGUUCUGUGUAUCUGGUUUUUUCUCGUUGAGAAAUGGCUACUUUGAAGAGCUAUGGCGUGCGCUUGGAAGAGUCUACUCACCAGUUUCCGCGUCCCAAUCGCGGCGAUAAUUACAAGAGCAGGAGAAAUGCAAAAUGGAGGUCUCCACAAGCAGCAGUAAUACCUAAUUUCCAUCUCCCAAUGCGUAGUUUUGAGGUUAAAAACAGAACAUCAUCAGAAGAUAUAAAAUCUCUCCGAUUGAUAACAGCUAUCAAAACCCCAUAUUUACCUGAUGGAAGGUUUGAUCUUGAAGCUUAUGAUGGCUUGGUGAAUAUCCAAAUUGAAAAUGGUGCUGAAGGUGUAAUUGUCGGUGGCACAACUGGCGAGGGCCAGCUGAUGAGCUGGGAUGAACACAUAAUGCUUAUUGGUCAUACAGUCAACUGUUUUGGUGGAUCAAUUAAGGUAAUUGGUAACACAGGAAGCAACUCAACAAGGGAAGCAAUUCAUGCCACUGAACAAGGUUUUGCAGUUGGAAUGCAUGCUGCUCUUCACAUCAAUCCUUACUAUGGCAAAACAUCUCUGGAGGGCUUGGUUUCUCACUUUGAUAGUGUGCUGCCAAUGGGCCCCACCAUCAUAUACAAUGUGCCAUCACGAACUGGCCAAGAUAUUCCCCCACGUGUCAUCAAUACGGUAGCACAGUGUCCUAACUUGGCCGGUGUUAAGGAAUGUGUUGGAAAUGACCGGAUUGAGCAGUAUACAGAUAAUGGAAUUGUAGUGUGGAGUGGGAAUGAUGAUCAGUGCCAUGAUGCUAGGUGGAGCCAUGGGGCUACUGGGGUAAUUUCUGUUACAAGCAACCUGAUUCCAGGUUUGAUGCGAGAACUAAUGUUUGGAGGGAAAAACCCUUCGCUUAAUGUGAAGCUCUUACCUCUGAUUGAGUGGCUCUUUGAGGAACCCAACCCCAUUGGCCUAAACACAGCCCUUGCACAACUUGGGGUUGUGAGGCCAGUUUUCAGGUUACCAUAUGUACCUCUUCCUCUGGCAAAGAGGGUAGAAUUUGUUAAUCUUGUCAGGCAAAUUGGGCGGCAGAAUUUUGUAGGAGAAAAAGAUGUUCAGGUUCUUGAUGAUGAUGACUUCAUCUUGGUUGGGCGGUAUUAGUCUGUUGUCAUUGGUGUCUCAGUUUCCAGUUUGGAAUUUUAAAUUUUCGUUUAUAAAGUUACAAAUAAAGUCUACCUGGUUGUUUAAAUUAUGACAGAAAACAGUAGUACUAUAUUUUUAUAUGAUGCCUGCUGAGUAAUGAGUAUUGCCUAUUUGGACUGGUUUGCCUUGUACCUCUCUGCAUCGCCAUUUAUAGGCAAGGAUUGUUUUGGGGAAGGAUCA